AGCCUAUAAAAUUAAUUGAAAUGAAAACAUUGAUAAAAAAAUUUUGAAUUUUUUAAAAACCUGAGAAAAUGAAAAUGAAAAUUGAUGGCGUAAAUUGUACGAAUUAUUGAAAAUUUAAUCAGUUUCUCAGUGAAUCGAAGAUCCUAAAAGUGUUCCUCCCAUCAUCAGAUUAUCAACAUGUCUACUUGGAAUAAAGCAUCGAAAAUCAAUCAAAAAACUCACCGAGAACGUCAACAACUCCAUAACAGAAGUCACCUCGGCUUACUUGAAAAAAAGAAAGAUUACAAAGCUCGAGCUCAUCAUGAUAAUCAAAAGAAACAAAUCAUCAAAUCACUGAAGAAAAAAGCACUGAAUCGUAACCCCGAUGAGUUUUAUUUUCAUAUGGUCAAUUCCAAAGUGAUCGACGAUGUUCAUAAAGAUAUUAAAGAGAAAGAAGAACACACUCCGGAUCAGAUAAAAUUGAUGCAAGGCAGAGAUCUAAAGUACAUCAGAACUAGGCGUAUCAUGGAGAAGAAAAAAAUCGAAAAGCUAAAAUCUCAAUUACAUUUCAUCGAUAAAACAAACGAGGCACCAAAUAGUCAUAUAUUUUUCUUAGAUUCCGAUAAAGAAGCUGAGACUUUUGAUUUAGCCAAACGUCUCAAUACGCAUCCUAGUUUGGUAAACAGACGUAGUAAUAGACCACGUCUCGAAGACUUGGAUAAGUUAGAUGUUCCCGAUUUAGACGAAGAAACUGUUAGGAAAUUGAACCAAAAGAAAAAUAAAAACUACGCCGAGUUGGAUAAACGAAUCAAUCGAGAGAAAGAAUUGAGCAUCGUCGAACGAAAAUUAGAAUUGAAAAGAUGUUUAGUCGAAAAUAAAGGAAUGCCGCCGAAAAGACAGAAAAAAGGUUCUGCUACGUCAGCUCCGGUUUAUAAAUGGAAACAAGAAAGGAAAAAAUAAUACCGAACUUGUAUAAUUUCUGUGAUUAUAUUUAAUAAAUGUUUACUUAAGAGUUGAAA